CCACCGCGCCCUGCGCCCCGUGCUAGCGCGCCGCGCCCGGGGCCCCAGCUCAGCAGCCCUGGAGGCCCAAGCGGCGCGCAAACUUUUGCUCCAGUGCCGGGCGCUCCUGCUAGGCAUGUGAAGCCCCCAGGCGCCCGCGCAGCCGCCCGGUUCGCCCCACCAGUGGGCGCCUCGGGCCGAGAUGCUCCUCCGGGACCUGGUGCUGCGCCGUGGCUGCUGCUGGCCCUCGCUGCUGCUGCACUGCGCGCUCCACCCGCUCUGGGGCUUCGUGCAGGUGACGCACGGUGAGCCCCAGAAGUCCUGCUCCAAGGUGACAGACACUUGCCAACACAUCUGCCAGUGCCGGCCCCCGCCUCCGCUGCCCCCGCCGCCCCCGCCCCCGCCGCCUCCCAGGCUCCUCUCGGCCCCAGUUCCCAACUCUACCUCGUGCCCCGAUGAGGAGAGCUGGUGGUCGGGGCUGGUGAUCAUCGUGGCCGUAUGCUGUGCCGCCCUGGUGUUCCUGACCGUGCUCGUCAUCAUUUGCUACAAAGCCAUAAAAAGGAAACCACUGAGAAAAGAUGAAAAUGGCACCAGCAUUGCCGAGUACCCCAUGAGCUCCUCCCAGAGCAACAAAGGGGUGGACGUGAACAGUGCGGUGGUGUGAGUCUACCCCCAGGCCCAGAACCAAUGGCCACAGGGACACCUUGGUGGUACUAGUGGACAUGGGAAGCCAAGUGGACACAAGCUGACUCCAGGCUUGCCCAGGACUCCAUUGUCGUGCAGGCUUCGGGCCUUCUGAGGAGAACCCACCCUCUUCCCUGGCCAGCCCCGGUCAGCCCUGGGGCAGGGGCUACGCGGACAUCAAGCUGAGCCUGGCCCCUGCAUGCAGCCUCACACCUUCGGCUUCCUCCUCCUCCUCCUCCUCAUCUUAUGUUUGGUCCCCUGACUGUCCCCCAGCUGCUACCUGAAGCACGCACUCUGAGGAAGACAGGGUCUGCCUGCUGGGUUGGGGAGGUGCCCCCUCUUUAGCCAAAAGAGAGGUGAUCCAAAGCCCGCCCCAGGCCCCAAACCCCCCCUCCAGGAAGCCCACCUGCUUCUCUGUGAACAUCCCAACAGAAGCCAUCGACACAGCCAUGAGACAGACGUCCCCUUUCAAAGGUGCUUCCCACCCAUCUGUCCUUACCCCCCUUCGAUCGUCUUCAGUCUUCCCGGCCUGCUCCACCCUCUGUCCCCAGCCACACCUGGGCCCCGAGGUCCUGUCUGCCUGCCAUGGGGUGGUGAGCCCCACCUGCAGAUCCCCUAGGAGCCGCCAGAGGGGCUCGUCCACACGGAGGCGGCGUGUCCCAGGAGCCUAGGCCAGGCCACGGCCGCGGCCCCUGCACCUGCUCCCAGCCCCACACCUGGCCCCACAGGAACGAGCCCCCGUGUGAGCCAGGCCUUGCCGCAGAGGCAGAACCACCACACGUGCAGAUCCUCUGUGUCCCCCAGAGUCUCCCGAGGCCUGACCAUGGCACCCAGACCCUCUCCUGAGAGUCCCCAGAAAGAGGUGUUUCUGCCCAGUUUCUCCCUGUGAAUGUCUUCUCUGGGGUCCCGUCCUCUGAGAGUCUCGAACCCUCCUGAGGGUGGGAAGGAAGGGGAGGGAAAGGAGGGACCCUCCAGGCUCGGGGACCCCCCAGCCCUGCCAGCUGUUUCCAAGAUGGUCACCUGCCCUAGGGGGCUCAUUGCUGCACCCUGGAAGGCCUGGGGAUUGUGCAUCCCUUGACAGUUAGGAGAGCACUGUGACCCCAUGGCUCCCUGCGUCACCCCGACACUGGCCUCGUAGGAAUUAACUGGUUGCACCUGCUUUGCCACCUAAGUCACCACUGAGCUUCUCUGGCCAGUGUUUGGGCUGCAGGUGAGACUUUCAAAUCCAGGGAAGACUGUCAGCCGUGAAAAUCAGCCCCAUUUGGGCUGAAAUGUCCAUUGUCCUGGAGCCCAUGUGCCUCUGGAGCCGUGAGCCACUCUCUUGCCCCAGGCUGAUGGGCACAGCCCUGGGCAUGCCCUCCCAUGGGGGCCUUGUCUGCCUUCCCUCUCUUCUGCUUGAGGACUUGGCUUGGGUUUGGACCUGGAUCUCGCUUCCCCAGCACCUAGGCAUUGGCACAGGGCUGCCUGUGGCCUUCAUGCUGGCUGCCCCUGUGCAGCACUCUGGGGACACAGUACUUGGUGACAAGCAGGCCAGAGGAAUAGGGGCAGGGAGGUGAGAAUGCAGCAGACCCCCCAGAGCACAUCCCCAUGGCCUGCACCUCCUGUGGUAUGCACGCCGCUGGUGUCCGGAACAGAUGCCUGGGCAGAAGGGCCCUAAACUCGUGCCACCUGGCCCCGCGCUAGUCAGAAGCUCCAGAGCCACGGGAGGUACCUUCAGCUGGAGGGAGGCCUGUGGCUACAGGGUCCUGGAAGGCUGGGCCAGACCCAGGGAGGUUCAGCAUGGUGCAGCUUUCCGUGCCACCAGGUACCACUGUCCCCAACUUUGGCUCAGACCUAGCCCAAAUUUGACCUUUGGCCUGCAGGAACCGUGACUGAGCUGUCUGUUGUGCUUUGGCUUCUGAGACAUCCAGGGCUUGGGUUUGCACGUGAACCCCCUCACCUUUGCUUGUGAAAUCCCUUCUUGCCCAGGGAGAGCAAACCCAGGAGGAGCCCCCUCGUCAGGGCUGGCCAUUCAGAGGAUACACAGUGCAGAGAGUGAGGCCACCAGAAAUUUAGUUCCUAAGAUCAAAGGGCAUGUGAGCUUAGGACGUUUUGCUUUACAAUGGAUCUGUGGUGCUCAAUGCAGGGCCAUCCUCAGAUGAGGCUGAGCUCUGAGGCCAAGGAGAAAACGCAUGCUCCUGAGCAUUUUCUCAGAUGUCUUCAGCCAUCUUGAUGGGGAGCCCAAUGGCAUUUAGGAUCUGCCGGAGUCAUCAGGUGUUCCUAGAGGCUUCUAGAGGAAGUUUGGGAAGAAAGACUAAUAGGUGUAAAAAUAUAGACAUAUAUAUUAUAUAUAGUUAUAUAUAUUUAAAGAGAUAUCUAUACAUAUAUAUAUAUAUAUAUAAUUACUAUACUCUGCAUCUGUACAAAGUAUGAUUUAAGCAGCCCAGGUAGCAUCAGACACGUAAUGCAUGAAUGUAAAUAUCCUGAAACUGCCUUCUUAGCAAUGUGCCGUGUGUACAGGGGAAAAGACCUGUCCCUUGGGGUUCUGUCUCAAUGGACAGAUGUACAAGUCGAAGCUGUCUUGUCCACCAACAAGCCAUAAUGUCAAUUUCAUGCUGAGGCUUCUGUAUAGGAAGUGGGACCAGCAGCCUUGGGGUGGGGUGCACCGAAAGCUGCUUAUGAGGAAGGAAGCACCGUGACUUUUUUAUUUUCAAUAAAAAUAUACUUAUAAA